AUGCAGAGCCCCAUGCUCCCCCAGAUCGACGAACAGAUGGCCCGCAUUAAUCCCGUUAAGUGGAAGAAGCCUUCUACAUCUACUAACUCUCACAAGGAUUCCGACUCUGCACCUAAACUAUCCUUCCCUUCUUCUUCAAACCAUCAUAUGCGCCAUCCCUGGGGCGUUAUCGACUACCACAUGUACCUCUCACACAUCGAAAGCAAGCGCGACGGUAUCUAUCGCAAGAAAGAGUGCCACAUCCUAGAGACCACCGGCUUCAGACAAGUCGCCCUACACGACGAGCCGGAGCUCGACAACAUCCCAGCCAACACAAACCCCACCGCCGUCUUCCUGAGUCUCCCUGUCCCGGACAUGCAGGAAGAAUCCAGCAACGCCAGACUGCUACUCGGCUUCGAUAUGAAGUGCGAUCGCUUGCAGGGUUAUUUCUUUGAGUCCGAGAUUCCGAUUGAGAAUUACGAGGACCUCUGGCAGGUCUGGAACCAGGGUGGAGGCGAGCUUGUUAUUGAUGUCCCCGUCGAGCGUUUCCUCUCUGUUAUUCGCCAUACUAUGCAGCAGCAAAUUGAGAUCCUGGAGAUCGGUAUCCUGCACCACUACGGUCUUACUACGCGCGCGUUCCCAGCUGGCCUGGAUAUGAUUAUUGCUGUGCAGUUCUUGCAGUUCGUCGAUGACUUCGCUGAGCUUCUCACCGAGGAGACUUAUGAGUUUCGGGGCCUUUAUUUGCCUUUCCAGGAUGAACUACGCGGUUUACUUGAGAGUGGCUCCCGGGAUGCUUGGUUUGCUGUUCGUGAUGGACUUGAUAUCCAGCAGCAUCGUCAGAAGCAGUUGAGGAAGGUUGUUGGUUCUGGGUUGUUCAAUGGACAGAAUAUGGCUGUGCUGCGAGAGGGGCCUGAGCAGACUCCUCAGAAGGAGAAGACAUCUCGUCCUGUGAAGAUUAUCCCACGUCACUCGUCUCCAUGGUCGUGGUCGAAGAUGCAGAUGCAGGUCCUAGUGAGUGCUCUCUUUAUUGUUUGCUUCUGUUCUGUCUUCCAGCGCGAGCGGGUUAUGUGUGUGGGGAUGUUCUGA